AUGCUAUUAUCUACCCCGGAUACGAAUAUAGGCAUUUACAAAGUUGGCGAUUUCACUUCACUUUCACUUGCUCUCUCUCUGUCUCUGACUCUCUGUCUAUCUGUCUGUCUGUCUGUCUGUCUGUCUGUCUCUCUCUCUCUCUCUCUUCUUCAUUGCAUUUUCUCUUUCAUUCUUAAGGAUUCUGUUGACAAAAGUUCUUUUUCUUUCUUUCUACCCUACAUCCAUAUCUUCUUUCUUUCUAUCUUUUUUCUUCCUUUCUUUCUUUCUUUCAUCUUUUCUUUCCUUCCUUCUAAUGUUUCUUUCUUUCUUUUUUCUUUCUUUCUUUCAUUUUUCUUUUUUCUUUCUUUCUUUCUUUCUUUGUUUAUUUAUUUAUUUAUUUAUUUAUUUAUUUUUCCGGCCAUUUUUCUUUCUUUCUUUCUUUCUUUCUUUAUUUUUCCUUUCUUUCUUUCUUUCUUUCUUUCUUUCUUUCUUUCUUUCUUUCUUUAUUUAUUUAUUUUUCCGGCCAUUUUUCUUUCUUUCUUUCUUUCUUUCUUUCUUUCUUUCUUUCUUUCUUUAUUUUUCCUUUCUUUUUCCUUUCUUUUUUCUUUCUUUCUUUCUUUUUUUCGUACUUCUUUUUUCUUUCUUUCUUUCUUCCUUUCUUUCUUUCUCGUUUACGCAUUCUUCAAUUUCUUCUUCAUGCCUCAAGAUAGGGUUGAUGCAAAAAAUCUCAUUCUUUCUUUCUUUUUCUUUCUUUUUAUGAGAGCGUUGAUGCAAAAAAUUUCAUUCCUUCUUUCUUUUUCCGUCCUUCUUUUUUCUUUCUCGUACGCAUUCUUCAAUUUCUUCUUCUUCAUGCCUCAAGAUGGUGCUGAUGCAAAAAAUUUCUUUCUUUCUUUCAUCUUCUUUUCUUUCUUUCUUUCUUUCUUUCUUUCUUUCUUUCUUUCUUUCUUUUUCUUUCUCGUUUACGAGAGCAUUGUUGCAAAAAAAUUUAAUUCUUCCUUUCUUUCUUUUUCCGACCGUUUUCUUUCUUUGUUUAUUUCUUUCUUUUUCCAUCCUUUCUUUCUCUCUUUCUUUCUUUCUUUCUUUUUUCCUUCUUUAUUUAUUUCUUUCUUUCUUUCCUUCUCUUUUACGCAUUCUUCAAUUUCUUCUUCUUCAUGCCUCAAGAUAGCGUUGAUGCAAAACAUUUCUUUCUUUCUUUCUUUCUUUCUUUAUGAGACCUUUGAUGCCAAAAAAAAAUUCUUUCUUUCUUUUUUCGUUCUUUUCUUUCUUUCUCUCUUUUUUCUUUCUUUCUUUCUUUAUUUCGUUUUCGUUCAUGUAUUCUUCCAUUUCUUCUUCUUCAUGCCUCAAGAUAAUGUUGAUGCAAAAAAAAAAAAACAUUCUUUCUUUCUUUUAUUCUUUCUUUCUUUCUUCCUUUUCAGUGUCAUAUUUCCCGACAUCCCAGCAGACAACCUUCAGCAGAACCUUUAA